AUGACAGCUCCAGAGACACAAUACGGACAUCUUGAUGAAUCUGCAAUUCCCGGCACUGUCCAUCUGGUCGAUCUCGAGGGAGUCAUUAAAGGAAAGCAUGCAGCAACAUCGCAGCUCAAAGAUGUGGUACUCGUACCAGCGCCUAGUUCAGACCCAGACGAUCCUUUAAACUGGUCCCCCAAACGAAAGUGGCUGUCAACUGUCUCCCAGAGUGUCUAUACCUUGAUGGUUGGAAUUGCAUCAGCAGCAAUAUAUAGUGUGCUCGUACCAAUAUCGGAGGACACUGGGCUCACUCUGGCAGACCUCAAUGCCGGUACUGGCUAUAUGUUUUUGCUUUUCGGAUGGGGUUGCCUCUUUUGGCAAGCCCUUGCGCUUCAAUACGGAAAACGACCCGUGUAUCUGUUCUCGAUGCUAGCAACAUUAGGAAUCAUGAUAUGGGUCCCUCAUGCAACAAGCAAUGGUGCAUGGAUAGGAAGCAAGAUACUUCAGGGCUUCGUUGGUGCGCCAAUCGAGUCUCUUGUUGAAAUAAGUAUCGCAGACAUUUAUUACACACAUGAAAGAGGAAAAUUUAUGGGAUUAUAUGCGUUCACCUUAGCAGGUAGCAAUUUUCUUGCGCCUGUGCUUGCUGGUUUCAUCAACGACGGUCAAGGCUGGCAAUGGGUCAUGUAUUGGUGUGCUAUUUUUCUCGCCAUUGGAUUCGUUUUCUGCUUUCUAUUCAUGGAGGAAACGAACUAUGAUCGAGCGCCUAUAGAGACAGUUGAGACCUCUGAGCCCAGCCCAGGAAUAUCAACUCCUGAGGGAGAGUUUCAAUCUUCAAGCGAUCCUGAGAAGACUAGUGCUUUGGGUAGCCCAGAACCCAUUACCGAAACCCUGGCAGGAACGAUUGAUGACAAGCCAAAAACAUAUUUCCAAAAGCUCGCUCUGUUGGAUAAGAAGCGAGACUUUCAUCUUUUUCGCAUGAUGGUCAGACCGCUCCUCUUCUUCUCGCUGCCUUCGGUGGUGUAUGCGGGCUUUUCCUACGGGAGCAACCUGAUAUGGUUCAACGUGCUAAACGGCACUGCUUCUCUCAUUCUCGGAGGUGCUCCCUACAACUUCUCCAGCUCCAUGGUUGGCUUGACAUACCUUUCUCCUUUGAUUGGAGUCGCUGUCGGUUCAUUUUACUCGGGAGUUAUUGGCGAUAGAGUCGUGCUUUGGCUUGCUCGUCGCAACAAGGGGAUUCUCGAACCAGAACAUCGUCUAUGGCUCUUCUCGCUAUCAUUGAUCCUCAUUCCAGGAUCUUUGAUUCUAUGGGGAGUUGGUGCUGCCCAUCAUAUACACUGGUUUGGUCUGGUAUUUGCCAUGGGUGUCAUUGCCGCGUCCAACUCCAUCGGUAUUCAACUGUCAGUCAGUUAUUGCAUUGACAGCUACAAAGAUUUGAGUGGUGAAGCCAUGGUCACUGUCAUCAUAAUCCGAAAUACGAUGUCCUUCGCUAUUGGCUACGGUGUUACACCAUGGGUGACAAACAUGGGAUAUCAGAACGCCUUCAUUCUAGCAGCGUUUGCUGGGCUGGCUCAGGUCACAACCUUCCUCGCUGUCGUUACAUGGGGGAAGAGUUGGCGAGAUAUGACAAAAGCAAGGUUCUACAGAUACGUGAAAGAAGGUAGCGAUGUUGGUGUGACUCACUGA